ACAAACACACAAAAAUGAGAUUUUCUCUUGCGUGCAAACGCUUGUUAUUGAUUCUCACUAUAGUUUGUAAGAUCCAGACACAAGUGAAAUGCUUGGAGUUCGAUUUUCCUGAGUUUAAGGAAAGCAAUGAUUCAGACUUGAUCCGAGACAACUCAUACAUUGUCCUUGGAGCGAUCCAAGUGACUCCUGAUGUUCGAGGAGGCUCUCUCACGAAUCACGCGGGUCGUGCGCUCUACAAGGAGCCUUUCAGGCUAUGGAGCAAAGACAAGAGAGCUACUUUCAACACCACUUUCGUCAUUAACAUCUCGAACCAAACCGAUCCUGGAGGCGAAGGCUUAGCCUUCGUUCUAACACCCGAGACGACCGCUCCUCAGAACAGCUCGGGUAUGUGGCUCGGUCUGGUCAAUGAUAUGACAAACAGGACUCUCGGGUCUCAGAUCGUUGCGGUUGAGUUCGACACAAGGAAAAGCCAUCCGGAUGAUCUUGAUGGAAACCACGUUGGUCUAAAUCUGAACAGCAUCAAUUCGGUUGUUCAAGAAUCCUUAACCGGUCGAGGGAUCACGAUCGACUCCGGAGUUGACUUUACCGCACAUGUCCGGUACGAUGGUACGUUUCUAUCGGUUUAUGUCUCAAGAAACUUGGAGGUAUACGAACAGAGGAACUUAGUGUUUUCUAGGGCUAUAGAUCUCUCGGCCUAUCUUCCGGAGACGGUUUAUGUUGGAUUUACGGCUUCAACAAGCAAUUUCACGGAGCUGAAUUGUGUCCGAUCAUGGAGCUUUGAAGGUUUGGAGAUCGAUGGAGAUGGAAACAUGUCAUGGCUCUGGAUUAUUAUCCCUAUUGUGUGUGUUGUUGUAAUAGGAGCUUUCUUAGGGGCAUUGUACAUGAGAUCUAGGUCAAAGGCUGGGGAAACAAACCCGGAUAUAGAAGCCGAGCUAGAUAAUUGCGCUGCAAACCCGCACAAGUUCAAGCUGAGAGAGCUGAAGAGAGCAACAGGAAACUUCAGCCAUGAGAACAAACUUGGACAAGGCGGUUUUGGGAUGGUGUUCAAGGGGAAAUGGGAAGGUAGAGACAUCGCUGUGAAACGAGUUUCCGAGAAAUCACAUCAAGGUAAGCAAGAGUUCAUAUCCGAGAUCACGACGAUCGGAAAUCUGAAUCAUAGGAACCUGGUGAAGCUGUUGGGAUGGUGCUACGAGAGAAAGGAGUAUCUUUUGGUUUACGAGUAUAUGCCUAACGGAAGCUUGGACAGAUACCUUUUCUUGGAAGACAAGUCAAGAUCAUCAAACCUAACGUGGGAGACAAGGAAGAACAUUAUAAGAGGGCUAGCUCAAGCUUUGGAGUAUCUUCACAACGGAUGCGAGAAGAGGAUACUUCACAGAGACAUCAAAGCCAGCAACGUAAUGCUUGACUCGGAUUUCAACGCAAAGCUUGGAGAUUUCGGGCUUGCAAGGAUGAUUCAACAAAGCGAAAUGACGCACCAUUCGACAAACGAGAUCGCUGGAACACCAGGGUACAUGGCUCCAGAGACUUUUCUCAACGGGAGAGCCACGGUUGAAACAGAUGUGUAUGCGUUUGGAGUUCUAAUGCUCGAAGUAGUCUCCGGGAAGAAACCGAGUUAUGUCUUGGUGAAGGAGAACCAGAGCAACUACAAUAACAGCAUUGUGAAUUGGCUAUGGGAGCUAUACAGAAAUGGAACCAUCAUGGAUGCAGCGGAUCCGAGAAUGGCAAGUUUGUUUGAUGAAGAAGAGAUGAAAAGCGUUUUGCUCUUAGGACUAGCUUGUUGCCACCCGAAUCCAAACCAAAGACCGUCCAUGAAAACGGUUUUGAAGGUUGUGACUGGUGAGACUAGCCCACCGGAUGUGCCUACAGAGAGACCGGCUUUCGUGUGGCCAGCGAUGCCUCCAUCGUUUAGUGAUGUUGACUACUCUCUUACAGGGAGCCAGAUCCAUUCGCUCACCGAACUAACUGGCCGAUGAUAUAAAUACUGUAUGUGGUUUUAUUCUCUGAGAAUUCUUUGAGAGUUCUUUGAGAUUAGUGCAUAAAAUUCUAUCUACUGUAUUUAUCUAAAUCCUUGGCAUUGAAUUUGAUUGUCUUACACUACUGAUCAAAAAGUGUAAUU